AUGUGUGCAGAAGGUCUCAGUUUUGCUUUGCAAAGUAUGGAGGGUUGGGGAGGAUUUUUAGGAUUGCCUAUUACUCAUGGGGGUAUGCGGAUAAAUCACAUUUUCUUUGCAGACGAUAGCCUUUUGUUCUGCAAAGCAAAAGAAGCUGAGCUAAGAAGCUUGCAAAAUGUUUUGGAGGACUAUGAGAGAGCGUCGGGUCAGAAGCUAAAUAAGGAGAAGACCUCCAUUUUCUUUAGCCGUAAUACUUCGACAGGGGAUCGAGAAUUAAUUUCACAUAUUGUUGGGGUUCCGAUUACACAGAGAUAUGAAACUUAUCUGGGCUUGCCUGCACUUAUAGGCAAAUCACGACUGCGAGCUUUUGAAGGGUUAAAAGGUCGAGUCUUGGAUAAGGUUCAUGGCUGGAAGGAGAAGUUUCUUUCCCAAGUGGGUAAGGAGGUUCUCCUUAAAGCCGUGGUACAAGUAAUCCCGACAUACACCAUGAGUGUUUUCCAACUGCCGAAGUUUUUGUGCCGGGAGAUAAAUUCCAUGAUGUGA